UGAUGAAUAAAUCUCUCUUCUUUGUCUCUUCUGUUCUGAUUCUGCCUGCGCUCUGUGUCGGCACCAGUGAAGAGGUCAGAGAGGUCUCCUGCGCUCUGGGGACAAACUGCAUCCUGCCCUGUUCCUUUCACCUCAGCUCUUACAGCUCUCACCCUUUCAUCUACUGGUUAAAGAAACCUGGAGAUGAAAUAGUCCACAGCUACUACUACCAACAGAACCAGGAUCAGGACGAGGCCUACAGGGACCGCACGGCUCUGUUUGAGGGCAAUAUCCAGAGAGGAAACGCAUCACUGUGGCUGUCAGAGGUCAAAGUUCAAGAUGAAGGAGAAUAUGUCUGCCUCACCGGGACCACAACUGACAAACAGACAAACAAAUCCAGAAUCUUCUUAAGUGUCUUUGUGGACUUUGGUGUAGUUGACCUGGUGAGGCGGGGCUCUGAGCUGGUCUGCCGUGCAGAAGGACUCUACCCUAAACCUACAGUGAUCUGGUCCUCUGGGCUUUGGUUCUUUGAAGUCAAAACCAAAGUCCAUCAGAGGGAGGACCAGCUCUAUGACAUCACCAGCUCUAUCACCCCACAGCCAAAUGCAGCUGCUCCAGAUCCACAUAAAAAACAGUGGCCUUCCUGCACUGUCGGCACUCGCCGCAGCUCAAGGACAGUUAUACUUACAAAAGAAUAUCGUCUUGGAGUUUACUAUAAUGAUGCAGUCCUCAGCUGCUUGGACUUCGACGCUCCAAGUCUCAUCUGGAAAUUCAGCCAAACCCAGAUCAUUCUGACCCGGUCUGGAUCAAACUCUUUCUUUAAUGAGUCGUGGAGACAGUUUGUGGAUAGACUGACAGAGUCUAACCAUCUGAUUCUAAAAGAUCUGACCAAAGACCAGGAGGGGCUGUACUCGUGUCACGUCAUCACAGACACAGAUAUAUAUGUAAAUAACAUACAACUGGAGAUAGAAGUGGAGGAAAAAAAUAAAGAAAUGAUUGGAUUCAGAUUUGUUUGGAUUUUCAAACUACUGUUUGUGUUUUUUUGUGGAUACCUUGUAGGCCUAUACAAAUUGAAAUUAAGUUUUCCUCAGAGGAUCAGAGGUUUCUUUUCAAGGUCCGAGUUGAGGGAGAGAUCCAUGAACAUUCCCGUGAGCCAGCAAGAAUCUUGGACGGAACAAAAUGACAACGAGACACUGCCGAAUCCUGCGAGUCCUGUCCUGCCGAAUCCUGUCACCGACACUAACACUGGAGAACCAAGGGAAAUGACACCAAAGAAGCUGAGCGGCCACAGACGAUCUAAGAAGAAAAAACACUGAUGCCCAGGACAAAGUCUAUCUCUUUCUACUUCUCUUAACUGCAUUUUGAGUAUUCAUAUAUGUAUUUAAUGUGUUUCUUUCUUUGGCAGAAUACAUUGAUUAUUAUGACACUCUUUUGUAUCUCCAAACCAUUUACAGAGAUGUGUAUGACUGAGCUCAUGACUACUGGAUAUGUUUGUGGUUGUUGUUAAAAAUAUUUUCUAUGUCAUAAGGCUUUUUUACUUCACACAAAUUACACAUUAUCUGACAGAUCCAUGGUUACACGUCAGCCGAAUGCAAAAUGCAAAAAUGGGGCACUCUGGGUUCUGUCUAAACUUUUUUGGGUUUUUUUGCUUUUGUUUUGCUUUGUGCUCAUCUCAUUUGGAAGCACUGUUUUCUAUAUUUUAGUCAAACACAACAUGACAAUAUCUUCAUAGGAUUAAUAAGGAUGUCUGGUCACGUUAUGUCAGCCAAGUGCACUGCUGAUGUCUGAAAGAAUGCUGCAGUGUACACACAAGAUUAUAAAUAAAUAAAUAAAUAUGAUCAUUGCUGGACUGAUCGGUGGUUGAUUACACGUGUCUUUCUAGCUCAUUCACUCUGGUCUUGAUUGCUUCUGUCUUUGUGCA